AUGGCGGAGUUGCUAGCGGAGGCGGAUCGGGCGAUCAGGAUCAGGACUCGCGAUCAGGCUCGGGCAAGGGUUCCGAGACUGAAAGAUCAAGCAACAUACUGCACCUGUUGUUUUAAUAAUAAGGACUCUGGAAAAACGCAAGCCCUUCGUCUUGCCGAGAGAUUUCAAGUUCGCAGGCCACCCCCUGCUACCAGACAGGGUCUUUUGGGUAUUCAGCUCAUUCAGCAUAUCGACCAUCUACACCCGCAUUCGUCAUGGAUCGAGUUGCUCCCCAUGAGACUAGGCCACGAUGCCCAUACCGAUCUGGCGGCCCUUGCAUUGACAGAGUCACUGGAUUAUCACUUCGGCGGCAGGGUCGCUGAGUCUCACUUCAACGCGGCCAUGCUCUGCUAUGACAAAGCUGUCUCCCACUUGCGAAAUGCUAUCGAAACGCCAACCCACGACACCUUCAAGGAUGCCACCCUUAUCACCGUAGCGCUACUUACAGUGUGCGAGUUGAUGAUCAGUAACCACUCCACCGUUCGACGGCGGAACGUGUUUAUUCACUGGUCUGGAUUGAAGUCGGUCUUCCUGGCCAAAUACCAGCCGUCUCAAGUCAGCGACAUGGGUAGAGCGAUUCUAUAUAACCUGUUCGAUUGCAGUUUUGGGGUUGCCUGCGCUACUGGAACUCGCUCGCAAUUUGACGACGGCAUAUGGACGCAACUCGAGCCCGCAACCCUUCACGGGAUGUCCACGCACGCCUUUGUUCUCAGGAAGCUCACGAACAUGCUAAUCAUUCGCACUCCUCGCUUGAUCGCCUGUGUCAGGUCGCUGCGGGAAAUGACAGGUUCGGUAAACAGAGAUCUGUUGUGUGAAACAGCUACGCUCGCGACCGAGUUGUACCGAUGCCAGGACGAGCCUGCAGAAUCAGCUGUACUCCAUCGUGUGAGAGUGGCAAAGACGAAAGACCCUUCAUCUCGUGCGGUCGUUCCUUACUCUUACACGUUCCUGGAUAUCGACGACUUCAAUGCCGCCGUACUCAACUGGUCAAUGAGACAGGUCAUCCUCAAUCUUUGCCUGGCCGUUUGUCAUCUAAUGCCGGCAGACCUGUGCCCUUUCAACAUGGCUACCAUCAAGACUAUGAAGGCAGAGAAGCAGCAGCUGGCCAUGAACCUAAUGAUGUCCUGGGAGUUUGCGGAAACGCUGGGCCCAUUUGCGACACUCUGGGUGGCGAAGGGACUGCUGCAGAACUGGCUCCAGCUGAGAGGCACCGACAAAUUCAAGAAUGUGCCUACUGCGGAUGUCAUAGCGUGGGCAUUGCCGAAGAUGAAUCAUCAGUUCAACGAGUGGCUUGCGGAGGAUAUGAAGGAGAGCGAUAUGGAUGUUGCGGCUGACUUGCUAGUUGGGGGACCUUUGAUUGGAUUCAUCGCCCAGACUGGACCUCAGACUCCUUGA